AUGGAUACCAUAAUGAACUCAAACACAAUAACAGCUGCCGAUGGACUCGAACUCACGUCUCUGUACGAGAGUUAUAUGGAUGUGAUUCGGGAGUUACUCAUAUCGUUAGCUACUAAAGAUAAGAAUGACAUCGAAAGGGCCCACAAAACCAUUAACUCUCACCUGAGAUUGUGCGACAAAAAUCGUAAAACUGGUCUAAUGUUAACGGUAUUGAGUUAUGUGAAGACACCUAACUAUCAUCGAUAUAGUGAUGUUGAAUCUCACUCCGAGUUACUCUAUGCCUACGGAAUAUGGACUAGUACACCCUCCCAACAGACCUUUGAGUCGGGUUAUAAGUUAGCAACUGGCAUGGCUCAUAUAUUUAUCAGUCUUGUGCCCCCGAAGCUGUUGCGAAUUAUCAAUUUGAUAGGUGUCUCGGGAGUGUACUCUAUAGGCUUCAAUCAACUGAACAAGGUUGCUUUCACGUCCACCAACAUGCAUGGUCAAAUGUGCAAAAUGGUCUUGAUAGUGUUCUGGACCUUUGUGGAGGCACACCUCUUGACAGCCAAAAACGUAGACAUUUGUCAACAAUUACUAAAUAAGAGCAUUGAUAACAAGGCCAAAUUGGCCCAAAUUAGCGGUAAUAUCGAUGAAUCCAUUAAUAUCCAUAAGAAACUGAUUGCUGAUUACGAGUCGGAUAUCGUUGUUAAUAUUAAAUAUGCGCUACUCGUCCGCAAAGGGAUGACACAUUCGCCCGCUUUUACCACUUAUUGUGAGGCAGUGUUCAGGUAUUUGAAGGGAACGGAUGAGUCGGAUACACAGGAAUUAGAAAGGGCUGUCCAACUAUUGGAAAUCGUACCGUCCAUACGGGUCCGGUAUUUCGGUAAAUCAUUGACAGUGGAGAAGAUGGCAGUCAUGAGCGCACAGAAGUUUAGUAAUACCUCCCAGUGCUCUGUCCUACCAGAUAUGGACUUGUUAUACCAAUUGAAUUGUUUGUCAUUCAUUGCGGGCAAUACUAUAUUAUUGGAUCGAUUUAUGGACAGAAUUGGUAGAGAACUCGACAAAUACGCCAAUGAUUUGAGGAGGCCCGAUUUGGUACCCCCUCAAUCUGUAAUGGAGUUAGGAUUAGUGGAACUGGAGCUCAAUAAUAGGGCCGACGCUAAGAAAUGGCUCAAGAAAUCACUCCACGAUUACAGCAAUUAUAUGAAUGAAAACUAUGUCCACAUCCGGGCCUACGCGGCGCUCCGGGAGUUAGGCGUCUCCAGUGAUAAGCAUAGUGUAGAUCAGACCCAAUGCCAGGAGUAUAGAAAUCAAUGGUUAAGGGAUAUUCGCAAUGAAGAGGAAAAUGUGGAUAAAAUACUUGCCAAUGAGUUGGAGAUUAAUGCUUAA